AUGUUCGCUACCUCUAUUCUCAUUCUUGCGCUCGCCGCAACUGGCCUUGCUGAGGUUCCUGAGGGCUACCGCACGGUGAUUAUCACCUCGAAUGUAAACGCCAAGUUCGUUGUAGUGCCAACUUCGCCCACGGCCGGCAGUGCUAUAGUCGUGUUCGUCUCGCAACCCCAUAUAGCUAUUGAAGAUCCUGAUGCUGACCUAUUUUACUUUUCUAGCAAGACCCGCAAUGACAAGCCGGAGCAACAGUGGUAUAUUAAAGACGGCAACACCAGCAUCCAGUUGGCAGCCACUACCCUCUGCCUAGAUGCAGGCGUUAAAAGUAACUGGAAAGAUAUGGCUAGCAUCAACCUUAAGAAUUGCUCCGCUACCGAGGACGGUCAGAAAUGGGUGGCUAUGGCCGACGGGCGGAUCUCCCUCCAAUUGUCGAGCCCACAAGAGUGUAUCGAUCUCCAGUAUAUGAGAGCCACGGAGAACAAUCCGGUCGGUUUGUAUAGCUGCGCGGGGCUAGGAAAUAUCGGCGCGGCGGACAAAGGCAUCAACUGGCCACUCGUCAAUGUCACUGCUUCUUGA